AUGGCGGAGCCGCGGCGGGGAGCGGAGCCGCUGUGGCGGACGCCGCCGGGCCGCCUGGCCCCGCCGCAUAUCUACCGCAUGGCGGGGGCGCUGGGCGCCGAGUUGCGUCGCCUCUCCGGCCGCUUCGGGCCCGAGGCCGUGGCCGGGCUGGUGCCGCCCGUGGUGCGGCUGCUGGAGCUGCUGGAGGCGCUGGUGGCCCCGGCGGGCGCCGAGGGGGAGGCGCCGGCCCCGCCGGCCGGGCGGCAGGACGCGGAGGACCCGGAGCAGAGGCUGUGGGAGGCCGAGCGCCGGGAGCGAGCCCUGCAUGGCCGCCUGGCUCGCCUGGAGGAGCAGAACCGGCAGCUCCUGGGGCAGCUUGCGGAGAGCCAGUCCCAGGAAGAUAGCACGGCACGGAAGGAGCGGGAGGUGAUGCUGCGGCUGAAGGAGGUGGUGGACAAGCAGAGGGAUGAGCUUCGUGCCCAGGCCCACGAGAUUGUCUGCAAGAGCCGAGACACGGAGGCGCUGCAGGAGCAACUGCAUCGCUUCAUGGCCAUGAACGAGGACCUGCGUCACAAGGUGGCCGUGGUGCAGGCUCAGCUCAAGAGCGCGCUGGAGAAGUCGUCGGACCUGGAGGCUGCGAUGCUGCAAACCCAGAGGGAAACAAGCAGGAGGAGCAGGACCGCCUCUGAGACCCAGCGGCCGAAGCCCAGCCUGGAAGGAGUGCCGUCGUCCACGGAGGAGCCGCAGCACCAGGAUGCGGGCAGGAGCCCUGCUCACUGCUGCUUCUCCAAGGAAGAGCUGCAGCAGAUCCUGCAAGAGCGGAACGAGCUCAAGACCAACCUGUUCUUGGUGCAGGAGGAGCUGGCCUAUUACCAGCGGGAGCUGCUGAACGAAGAGAGAGUUCCCAGCUUCUUCUUGGAUGCGAUGAAGUCGACUAUCAAAAGACAGAGGAAAAAAAUCAGAGCCAAAAUGCUGGGAACGGUGGAGGAGUCGGCGAGCAGCGAUGAAGAUGAGGGCUCCUGGCUCCCAGCUCGCGGCGCAGACUGUGUGGAUGCUCAGCCUCCCGAAUCCAAAAUUAGGAGCUUUUUUGGGCUGUGGUAUCAGGGCAGCAGCAAAGACCCCCCCACAUCCAGCUGCUCUGGAGCCUGGGAAGUCAUCGACUCGCUGGACACGCAGCUGGAGCCGGUGGGAGAGAGCAAGCUGGCGGCCGGCUCCCCCGACAGAGCCACGCCGCCCCUCUGACCCCACCUGAACAGGAGCCGGAUCUGGCCUCGUAGCAGCACUUCCCAGCUCCUCUUCUUCCAGUGUCUUCGAGAGCGGCACGGCAGCCCUGGCCGCUUCCCCAUGUCAUGGUGACGGUGAAGCCACAGUAUGGGCAGCCUUCCUGCAAACCCGCUGGGACACUUGGCAGUGGGGUGCCGGCCUGGCAUGGGACGGCUCGGCACCUCCGGGCAUCUCUGCCCGUCAGCCACCCUUUCAUUGUGCCCAUGGCUUAACUACGGGGGUCCUGCACAGCUGUGCCCCUGCUCCCCACUUCUCCGUGCUUGCAGCUCAGCACGGCGGGGGUCUGCACCCUCUUCCUGCUGCCGCACCCCAAAAGGGCUCUUCCCGUCUGCUGGUGGCUCUUUCCACCAAGCACCUCUGCUCACAGCCCAGGAUCCCAUCGCCCGAUCCUGCCCUGCGGGGGUAUUUUGCUUCGCCCCUUUCCGUUCAUACCUCUCCCCAUUCCUGCAAUGUGAAGGUCGAGUUGGGGUUCCCCGGCUGGGCACUGUCCCGGGGUCACCGCAUGGCUGGGAGGGGCUGAGCACGUUGCACUGGGUGUCCGGAUGCUCCUGUGUCUGGGAGCAGUCAGGAUCAGCACUUGCCAGUGCCACUCCUGCACUUUUCAGGCGUGGGGUGAAUUGGUUUCGUACUGGGACCUCUUCCUGCUACUACUGGGAACUGGAAGACUGGAACAAUCUUCAUGUUCACGGGGGCGAGUCAGUCCCCUCGGGUCAGGUACUUUCUAGCUCUAGAACUGGAGUCGGAAAUAAAUCAGUGUCUCAUUUCUCC